GCCGCGGGGCGCUCCGCGGCUCGGCCCUGCUCUCCGAAGGCGCAGCGACGUCGCGGACCCGUCUCCCCGGCCGAGGCUGCCCAGCUUGCAAGCCCAGCUGUUUGGCAGGGCGAAAGAGAGACACUCUUAAACGCCAAAGAACCCCCAGCCUCUGCUCCUGCCUGGUUUUAUUUUAUCUUCUGUAAUUAUUUCGGGAAAAAAAAAUAGCCAAAAAAUACAUCGCCGUGUUUUUAGGAAUUCGUGCCGCGUGUGCAGUUGUUUCCAGCACACCCUUGAUAAACAAAGGAAAAGAGGAAGGGGGCCCGCGUUCUGCAGAAGACAUGCGUUCCAUCAGGAAGAGGUGGACUGUGUGCACGAUAAGUCUCCUCCUCAUCUUCUAUAAGACGAAGGAAAUAACACGGACCGAAGAGCGCCAGGAGGCAGCUCUCGCCGGAGAUGGUGAACUGAGUUUGAGUAGAGCAAUGAUCAAUAGCUCCGAUAAGAUAAUUAGAAAGGGUGGCUCCUCAAUCUUCCAACAUGCUGCAGAAGGCUGGAAAAUCAAUUCUUCUUUGGUAAUGGAAAUAAGGAAGAACAUUCUUCAGUUCUUGGAUGCUGAAAGAGAUGUCUCAGUGGUCAAAAGUAGCUUCAAGCCCGGAGAUGUAAUUCAUUAUGUACUGGACAGACGUCGCACUCUAAACAUUUCUCAGGAUUUGCACAGCCUUCUCCCUGAAGUUUCUCCAAUGAAAAAUCGCCGAUUUAAAACCUGUGCAGUAGUUGGGAAUUCUGGCGUCCUUCUAAAGAGUGGUUGUGGAAAAGAGAUUGACAGCCAUGACUUCGUAAUAAGGUGCAAUCUAGCUCCUGUGGUGGAGUAUGCUGCCGAUGUGGGAACUAAAUCUGAUUUUAUUACCAUGAACCCAUCAGUUGUACAAAGAGCAUUUGGAGGCUUUCGGAAUGAGAGUGACAGAGAAAAAUUUGUGCAUAGACUAUCCAUGCUGAAUGACAGUGUCCUUUGGAUCCCAGCUUUCAUGGUCAAAGGUGGAGAGAAGCAUGUGGAGUGGGUUAAUGCAUUAAUCCUUAAGAAUAAAUUGAAAGUGCGAACUGCCUAUCCAUCACUGAGACUUAUUCAUGCUGUCAGAGGCUAUUGGCUGACAAACAAGGUCCACAUUAAGCGACCCAGCACUGGUCUUCUCAUGUAUACACUUGCUACCAGAUUUUGUGAUGAAAUUUACCUGUACGGAUUUUGGCCAUUCCCAAAGGAUUUACAUGGAAAACCAGUCAAGUAUCACUAUUAUGAUGAUCUGAAGUAUCGGUACUUUUCUAAUGCCAGUCCUCAUAGGAUGCCAUUAGAGUUUAAAACAUUGUAUGUAUUACAUAAUAGAGGAGCACUUAAAUUAACAACAGGGAAAUGCAUACAGCAAUAAAGCACAAGUAUUGUACAAUAAAUACAGAAUACAGACCUCAUCAUAAAGAUGUUGUGAAAUGGCAAUGGGACCACAGUGGGGCUUUGUUUCAAUACCCACUAAGUCAUUGGAGGAACGUUUUACAUCAGAAGUAUAUAACCAGCUAUUAUACCUGUGAAGUGCUAUAUAACUAAGCUAUCUUGACAGCAAGGGUUCAAGUGCCACUUUCACUAAGAACAGAGCUUGAAUGUAUGCUCAGUAGUGUCUACAGGAUGCAAUGACACAUUCACGAAUUGAAGAAGAAACAGAGCCUGCCAAUUCGCAGCUGUGGUCAGACAGCCUACAUAAGAAUACUCAGUAGAUGGAAUAUUUACAUGAGUAAAUAAAUCAGGCUUUGGCAGAAAAUAUCACGAUGGACUUGAGUAGAGAAAGUGAAGUCUGUAAAAUCAAAAAAAUCAGUAAAUGCCUUCAGUCAGAGAACUGUUUCUGAUAUUGUAUUAUAACCUCAGCUUUUGUUGCUGUUUUUCUUAUUGCCGUUGGUUGGGUUUUGUUGCUUUUAAGUUUUGGAGCCCUGACAAGAUUUCAAGGAUAUUAUGAGUAAUUAAAUUUUUUAUCUUAUGGAAUUGUCUUAAGGAAAAAAAAGAUUUGUAAGCAUGGGAGAGUGGAGUGGAACAAAAUAUUUUAUCAAGUGUUAUAGUCUUUUAUCCUGCUGUCACACAGUCCUUAACAUACCAAUUGUUUUUCUAGCUACUGUUGUCAGUAUCCAUUACAUGAAACCACACAGAUACCAUUUUGAUCUGACUUAAAAGUUUUCCUCUUCUAUAUAGAUUUGAAGAAAUGCAAGAGGGUGCCCUUGUUUUCAGUGCCAAAGAUUACUUUUAUACACAUUUUUACCUUAUCUUGGAGAAAAAUGGUGUUGAUUUAUGUUUCUUUGCUGCUUAAAGGAACAUAUUCUUUGUUAUUUAUAUUUUUGAAGCAUCUCAAAUCAAAGUCUCUUUACAGACUUCACAUAUAGUAUUCUUCAGAAAAAUAUGAACAAGUAAAGAAAUUACUUCAUGCAUUCAAGUAUAUACAUAUAUAUAUACAGUCUUAUUCUUGGUGGAAAGAAAAAGUCUGAAGAAACUCAGGUGACAGUGGAACUAAAGGGAAAGAAAAUACCUAGCCAAUUAAUUGAAAAAAAUGUAGCUCAUACAGUUCUUUUAAACUUCUAAUGCUGUUAAAUUAUCUCUUUAUUUAAUAUACCUCUUGUAUUAUCUAGAUGUUCUGAUAUGUAACUGACUGAAAUAACACAUUAUCUCACGGUUGGUUUUUUGAUCAUCAGUCUUGUUCAUUUAAAAAAAAAAAAAAAACCCCAAAAAAAAAACAACAACAACAAAAAAAAAACACCAAAAAAAAAAACAAAAAAAAAAAAAAAAAAAAAAAAAAAAAAAAAAAAAAAAAAAAACAAAACCCAAGAGUUCUUUCACUUCCUUCUUUCCAAAAAAAGUAAACAAGAAAUUACACAAGCAUAGGAGAGGGUGGAGUGUCAAUACAGGGCACAUUAAGAAACAAAACUUGUGAUCCUGUGAUGUAUUUUAGUGCUAAAGGAGCACAUGAAUAGGCAACAUCAUGGUUUCAUAUCUUUCCUGUUAUGCUUGGCUAAGGAGUAGGCAUGCAGGUAUAAUGUGUGGAUAUUUUCUUGUUAUGUUUUCAGAGCUACAUUAGGUCCUGGUCUCCAAAUAUGAUAUUCAGUGUAUCUACUGAAUUUUUAAUUAGUUUGAGCAAUUUCAUAUGUUUUACCACUCUCACAAACAUUUACUAGCGGAAAAUGCUCAUUAUUACCCAUUUUCUUCUCUUAAGUUCAUGUAUUUCAUCAUGCAUGAUUGGACAUCUGGGAUUAUGCAAAUUUGGUAGCUAAAUCAGUGCCUUGCAGUCAAAUAUUACAGGAAGUAAAGAGUCAGUUCUGUUAUAUGUAAAACACAGUAACAGCUUUCCUUAUUCACCAGACCCUUGUACUUAGGACAGUUUACUUUGACCACAUGCUAAUGUGCAGUAAGCGAUCCUAACAUGAAACUCGCUGAAACCAAGGCAUCAUGAGGAACUAAACAGCCAUGCAGACCGGAAUGUGUUUAAUUUGAUGUUGAUAAACCAGAGGAUGCUAUGUGUUUACUAUGUACACCUUCAUUUUAAUACAAGGGGUUUUUUUCAGUGAAGGGUGAGCAUAUUCCUGUUCUUGCUGUUAGGGUUUUGCUACUGUUGAUCUUCUAAAGCAUAUUUCAUAUACGUUGACAAAAUUGCUGUUUAAAUAAAGAAUUCACAGAUUGCCAGUCUCUCAGAGGCUCAGAGAAACAGCUGCUCAACUUUAUCUUCUGGGAGUGUCUUUUCUUCUCUCUAGUGUCAGGGCAUCAAUAAACCUCAUGCUCAAGUAGUCUAAAAUAUUAACUGACAGGUGGUUUUGUUCACCUGUGGAAAGUUUGAGUAUGCCAAUUGAUUAUGUAUCUGACAGAAAAGUCAAUGGGGAUUCUCAUAUUCCUUAGCAGUAAAAAAAAUAUUUUUGCAAACAAAUACAUGAAAAGAAUAUAAUGUAAAUAGGUAGCUGAGAGAAUUUGCCUUUAAAAGUCAGCAGACAAAUUAAACCUUGGCCUAGGCCUUGGUUUUGCAUGCUUCACUUUUGAUUUUCUGCAAGUGAAGUUAACUUCAGUACAAAAGCCGUAGAGUCCAGAUUUUUACCCUAUCACUAAAUUUCUCUGACUUGGUUUGGCACAAGACGUGACAGUAGCACCUGCUUCAAAGACAACAGAGUUUUCCCAUACCUCCUCAAAACUGGGCCUUAACCUCAUCUUCUGCAGGCUUUCUACCUUCAGUACUGCGCUCUUGGACACUGAGCCAUAGGCUCAGGGCAUUCCACUGUCAUCCACACUCAUCCUUCUCACAGCACUCUCCCCUUAAGGCAGCACCUGUGUGUGCCUCCUUACCAAAACCAUGGGACUCCACACCAAUACACCUCUUCUUUCACCUGCCUCACUUUAUCCUGAGCUGAGGUGUGUUGUAGUGGGGGAUGGGUCUCAAACUAUUCUCUGAGACAAGUGACAGUUGUAGUCUUUGUGUAGGUUUUCACAAGGACUAAGGGUAAUUUUACGCUAUUGUUCUUGUAUAAGACCUGUGUCCAUGUGGAGCCCAAAGAUUCUGGGAGGCUCUUUGGUGUGGGGUUUGUUGUGCUACAAAUUGUUUUGAGAUGGUUUGUGACCACCAGUUACUGCUUGGUCUAAGGUGACCUGAGGUGACACAUGCCGAGGACUUUCCUUGAUGUUUGCAUUCUACAGCUGGGAAGCUGUAGCAAUGGAUUCAUUGCAGGCACCCUUCUUAUCUUUCCCUUAUACUUCCUGGGGCUCUUGGAGCAUUUCUGUUAAGCCACCCCAGAACCAAAUGGAAAAACAGAUUACUUCCGCUGUGUGACUUUUUCCCUAAAGGUGACCCAGGACAUUGCAGCAAAGUUUUAACUGCUGUUUAGAGACUUUGAGGUGGAACAGAUUUCAUUUUGUGGUCCUUUACUGGUUAGCAGUCAACAGCUUAAGACUUCAUAGCUGCCUUAUGAUUUAUGUUGUUUAUCUUUACACCUCUGCUGCCAACAGCACAGAGCAGAUAAUCGGUUUAUAUUAUAAUUACCACUUUUAUAAUCCAACACUAUCAGCAACUAAUACAAAGUAGUAGGAUAAAAAGAAAGAUCCCUAAUGUUAGAAUGUUAUCUGCCCUGGUGAGGAGCAACUGAAAUGCCAAUCAGUUGUGUUCAGAGUGUUCCUCAAAUUUAUCCUCUCAUCAGCUAUAUCAAUUGCCUGCUGUAGUUCCUAAAUGUACAUUAAAAAUAAGAACUGGAAACUAAAUCAAGACAGCAGAAUGUGUCUAUUUUUCCAAAGGUUAUGGUAGCUUUGCAUUAAACAACUUCAUUCAGAUAAAUUGAUUGUAAAUUGCUUAUUAAGAUACAUGUUAAUGUUUCUGUGACAGUCCUUCACAUUUCAUACAAGUAAUAGAUAAAUGUUUGAUUGUUAACAUUCCAGCUUUGGGACAGUUCUCUUCCACAGUUCUGAGCCACUCUCCAGAUAUAAGAUCUACUGAACCUUUAAAAUCUGAGUCUGAUGUGUAGUAACGACUGUAUCAUUCUUUUGUUAGACAAUAUAAGCAACAUGUUUGAGACCAAUACAUUUUCUCUAAUUGCAAUUUGAAGAUAAACAGGUGCAGGUUCAGUACUUUUUUUAGUGAUUGAUCUAGCAAAGUGCUAAGCACUCUUUGCAGUGACUUUCCUGGGAGAGACAUGUCCAGGAUUUAGAUGGGGAUCUAGAUUAGCAUAUUUCAGGAUGGAACUCUGAAAUUGCACAUUAUUUAUUUUUAAGAGCACUGUUACUUUGUGUAAGGAAAAGCACAAUUGUUGUAAAUGUAGAUAAAGGAAAGUACUGUUGCUACUGAGUGUAUAUCAUACAAUUUCUGUUGUUUAAAGUAUUGAUACAUACUCUCUCAGAAUUAUCACAUUUGACACUGUUAGUCUUAUUUCAAGUACAGCUAUGGGGAUGGUUUUUUAUUUGUAUAACUGAAAAAUAAACAUUUCCUUUCAUGUUUUCUGCUA